AUGAGUGAAGCCUGGGAGGAAGUGAAAGGAAAGGAUCUUCUCUUGAAAGUCCUUUCCAGUACAAAAGGUGACGAAGCCCGUGAUAUCAAAAAGGGGGAUGCCAUUUUGUUGGAUUUGGUAGCUUGGCGCUGCGAAGAACCUCCAACCGAAGUAUUGAAGGACGAUGACGCUGCCACAGUCUUUCAACAGGUCAAGAGUUUGUUGGUGAUUGUGGGCGAACAAGAUCUUGUCGAAGGCGUCGACACUGGUUUGCUCAAUAUGAAAGAGGGUCAAACGGCCUAUCUCUUUUGCACUUCCAAGUUUGCCUUGGGAGAAGGAACCAGGAAAUACCAAGACUGCGAGAUUGCUCCCAACACGAACGUCGUCUAUCGUGUGAGCGCAACCUCUAUUGUCCAAGAUACCUCUCGUUUGAAUCCCUACUUUUCCAUUCAAAAGGCGCUCACCCGAAAGAAAAUUGCCAAUGACUUGUACCAGUACGAGCUAUUGAGUCUUACCGCCAAGGAGGCUGCCGACAAUACACGAAAUGAAGCCGCCAGAAUGAGAGCUUUGAAAUUGUACCGGCAGGCGGGCAGAGACAUGAAAGAUCUGUUGGAUGGAACCUACUUUAAUUCCGUCGAGCAAGAUCAUCCACAACGAAAGGAAUGCAAACAACUCAUGAUUGAUUGUUACAACAAUGUGGUGGUGGUGUACAUGCAUGGGAAACAAUACGCCAAAGCACUGGAUGCGGUCGAAAUGGCACUCAAACGAGAUCCCAAAAACCUAAAGGCACUCAUUCGCAAUGCCAAAUUGCACGUGCUGCUGGCCAGUUCCGAAAAGAAACUCAAAGAAGCCGAUGAGGCUCUGAGCAUGGCAGAAAAUGCCAUUAGUUACCGGGACCAAGCAGAAGAAGCAGAAUUGAAGAAAAUCCGAUUGCAAUACAAGCAACGACGCAAACAAGUCUUGGGACAAUGA